CUGGUGUAUCAAACAAGAUUCUGAACACAUAAGAGAAAACUGAGGCUGUUCCAGAGAAACUUUAUUUCAAUGACAAACAGUUACCAAAAUAAGGAACAACACUGUAUAGCUUUGCCUUCAGUUAUAUUGCAGUAGAAGAGGAAAUACAUAACAGCAACAACAUCAAUGGCACCAGGGAAUCUCUCGCAGGUGACCGAGUUCAUUCUCAUGGGUAUUUCAGGCAGCCCAGAGCUCCAGAUCCCACUCUUCUUUGUUUUCCUGGCCAUCUAUGGGCUGACCGUGGCAUGGAACUUGGGCAUCAUCACCCUCACCACUGUCGACUCUCGACUUCAGACCCCCAUGUACUUUUUCCUCCGGCACUUGGCUGUGGUCAAUCUUGGCACCUCUACUGUCAUUGCCCCUAAAAUGCUGGUUAACUUCUUGGUUUCCAAGAAAACCAUCUCCUACUAUGGGUGUGCAGUGCAACUGGGUGAAUUCAUACUUUUCGUUGUGGCUGAGAUUUUCACACUUGCUGCGAUGGCCUAUGACCGCUAUGUGGCCGUGUGUAACCCCCUGCACUACAUGGUGGUGGUGUCUCCACAGGUCUGCCUUCUGCUGGUGUUCCUUAUACACUUCUGCAGCCUGACCACAGCACUGACUGUCUCUUCCUGUGUGUUCUCUGUGUCCUACUGCUCUUCCAAUGUGAUCAACCAUUUUUACUGUGAUAUUAUUCCUUUAUUAGCAUUGUCGUGUUCUGAUACCUAUGUUCCAGAAACUGUUGUGUUUACCUUUUCAGUAAUCAAUUUGUUUUUCUCUAUGAUUAUUGUUCUGAUAUCCUACUUUAACAUCAUCCUUGCCAUCUUGAGGAUCCGUUCCUCUGAGGGGCGACACAAAGCCUUUUCCACCUGUGCUUCUCACUUGAUGGCUGUCACUGUGUUCUAUGGGACUCUCCUCUUCAUGUAUUUGCAGCCAAGGACCAACCACUCACUAGAUACUGAUAAAAUGGCCUCGGUCUUCUAUACCCUCGUGAUACCAAUGCUCAAUCCCAUCAUUUACAGCCUAAGGAACAAGGAUGUAAAGGACGCAUUGAAGAGGUUCCUGCAUAACCCAUUGCAAUCACUCAGACUAACGUAAAUGUAGAACUAUCUUCAUGAAGGGUUUUCUUUGGCCUCUGACAAUCCCGCUGUUCAGAGGCAACUAAUAGUUUAAAACUCCAUGAAUUUUAAUGGGAAAAUCCUAAUCCUUUUUCUUCCAACCUCAAACACCCAAUUUUACCUUUAGAAAAAUUCAUUAGCUGACCCAAGAAAACACAGUUAUGUAAGCAAUAAACAGCAAUAUUAAAAUAAACACAUUUUAAAACACAGUUAAACUUAUUAAAAGACUUUUAUAAUUUCUAAACAAGGAAGAGCAAGCCUGAUAGCUGGUGGUGAAGGCGCACAUGGGUCACUUCUCAGAAAGUGGUCGAGUGAGACCAUCUUUCCUGCCACAGAUAUCUUUUGUUCAGCUAUUAAAAGUUUUAUUGUUUUUGUAGCAUUUUUCCUUUAAUUUCUCAACCUUUUGCAACCAUUUUUUGUCUUGAGCUUAAAAGAAAUUUCUAUCACAGAGAAAAAAUGAACCUUUAGAACAAAAUAAAAACUGAACAAGAAUGCUUCCGUAGACAUGCAAACAAGAAACAGGACAUGCGGCUAAACAAAUAAAAAAUAUGUAAAAGGGGAUUUUACCUUUUUAAGCCUUUCAUUUUAUCUCUUCACUUGGUGGAUGUACCCAAAAGUGAAGUGUUGCUAUUUAUCCAAAAGUAACAUAUACUCAC